UUUUUUUUCUAGUAUUAUGAUCAAUAGAAUUGCUUAUUUACAAAUAGUUGUUACAUGCAAUGUAUUUGUUGUUGAGUUUACUAUUUGUUAGUGUUCCUGAUGGUAAUACAAACUCAUCAAAUGAAAAUUUACUUAUUGAACACAGUGUCACCCUAGAAAGUGCUGAAAAUGCAAUUCAACAUAUUGUACCGGAAUUGAUGAUAGGAGUCGGUUGCAGAGAAUGUACCAUAAGAGAAAUUGAAUAUUGUUUGUCCAAUGAUGCCAUUGAAGAUCAUUGUUGUUGUCAAAGGAAAUACCAUGAAGUAUUUCCUUAUAUUGCACAUACUUGCUAUGUAAGAUCUAGAAAUUGUGAACCUACCGUUCGGGACUGUGGAGUAUUCGAUCGACUAUUGACUUGUUGUUGCCAUCAAUAUCUUGGAACAAAAUGGAAAAUCAAAAUGGCAGCCACCGUUAAUGGACAGAGUCGAAAAAACAAUAGCUUAUUUCUUUUUGGAUUAAUUAUUUUCCUUAUUCAGAACAAUUAUUAUAUUUUUAAUUUCCUUUAAACUUGUUGAGUAAUUUCAAGGUUUUAAAUAAAGUAAUUGUGCAACCACCAAAUAAUAAUUUAUUUUUGUCAUUUUAAAUAAUAAUCUUUAAAUCGUCUUAAAUUCCUCGUUAACUCAGGGCUGACGUAAUAUUAGUGAGGGGUCGUGGUUAAUGAAAUUGACGACUUCAAAUAAUGAAUAAAUACUUCCUAAAAAAAAUGUAUAGCCACGUUCAAAAUAUCAAGACUUUGUACAAUUCCAUAAUAGGCAUAUUUGGAUUUUAAAUGGGUAUCAUAAAAUAAUAGUUAUUGCAUAUAUGUAUAUCAUAACUCAUAAGUAAUUUAUAACAAAUCGGUAUUAUUACGUACUCUAAUUUUUCAUUUGAAAUUCAGUUGGACCCCACUAAAAGGGUUAUUUGCUUUUACUUUAACAUGACCUACCCAUUUUUAUUUGAUGUGUACGAACAUAGUUGAGCAAUUAUUUAAUUUAUAUUAUUUUAAAUGAAUAAAUA